AUGGCGGGCAGCGUGCUGCAGAUCCCCGUCGCCGUCUACCUCCUCUGCAGGAGCAAGCGGAUGACGUCCAGAUCCCUCAUCCUCGACGUCAGUAUGUACGCCGACAUUGUGGUGACCGUGGUGCUGGCCAGCGGCGUGGGCGCGGGCUUCGGCGCCACCGACGACGUCUUGGAGUACGUCAAGCAUGGCUCGCGAUGGGAGGAAGACGCCACGCAAGAUCUCGUCAAGUACUACCAGAAGGGGCUCAUCGCCAUCGUCUUCCUCCUCAUCGGCAUGUUCCUGUCCGUGUGCGCCACCGUCGUCUCCACCAGGCUCCGGGUCAGGGCAGCAAGCAACGACAUCGACGACGUCUGA